ACUUGCGAUCACUAGACACUUCCUUCCAUUCCAUUCCAUGCUAUUCUUCUAAUCAAUCAAACCUUGUUUCAUUUAACAGACACAAACCAAACCGAACCGAACACAACCAUGGCGGCAACCACCGGAACAUCAUGGAAACUGGCGGAUCACCCGAAACUACCAAAAGGAAAGACCAUCGCCGUCGUCGUUCUGGACGGUUGGGGUGAAGCUUCUCCCGACAAAUACAAUUGCAUCCAUGUCGCCGAAACUCCAACAAUGGAUUCCCUAAAAACCACUGCUCCUGAUCGGUGGAGACUGGUGAGGGCACAUGGUACUGCCGUGGGGCUUCCCACAGAGGAUGAUAUGGGGAAUAGUGAAGUUGGACACAAUGCUCUUGGUGCUGGAAGAAUUUUUGCUCAAGGGGCAAAACUUGUAGAUCUUGCUCUUGCCUCUGGAAAAAUAUAUGAAGAUGAAGGUUUCAGUUACAUCAAGGAAUCUUUCGCCAACAACACUCUACACCUUAUUGGAUUAAUGAGUGAUGGCGGUGUGCACUCUCGCCUGGAUCAAUUACAGUUGUUGCUCAAAGGUGCUAGUGAACGUGGUGCCAAGAGGAUACGCGUUCAUGUACUGACUGAUGGUCGUGAUGUCGUAGAUGGUACAAGUGUCGCUUUUGCUGAAACGCUUGAAAAAGAUCUAGCUGAGUUACGUGGUAAAGGCAUUGAUGCACAAGUUGCUUCUGGUGGAGGCCGCAUGUAUGUCACCAUGGAUCGUUAUGAGAACGACUGGGAAGUUGUGAAACGCGGUUGGGACGCUCAAGUUCUCGGUGAAGCGCCGCACAAGUUUAAAAACGUUGUUGAGGGAAUCAAGAAGCUGAGGGAAGCACCGAAUGCUAACGACCAAUACUUACCACCGUUUGUGAUUGUUGAUGAUAACGGGAAGCCUGUGGGUCCCAUAAUGGAUGGUGAUGCUGUUGUGACAUUCAACUUUAGAGCAGAUCGUAUGACGAUGCUUGCACAAGCCCUCGAGUAUGAAAAGUUUGAUAAAUUUGACAGAGUGCGGUUCCCCAAAAUCCGCUACGCUGGAAUGCUUCAAUAUGAUGGCGAGUUGAAGCUUCCAAAUCAUUACCUUGUUUCUCCUCCGUUGAUCGAGAGGACUUCUGGUGAAUAUCUAGUUAAUAACGGUAUCCGUACCUUUGCCUGCAGUGAAACGGUCAAAUUUGGUCAUGUUACAUUUUUCUGGAAUGGGAACCGUUCCGGGUAUUUUAACAAAGAGUUGGAGGAAUACGUGGAAAUUCCAAGUGAUAGUGGAAUUACGUUCAAUGUCCAACCGAAGAUGAAGGCUCUCGAGAUUGGUGAGAAGGCCCGUGAUGCCAUACUCAGUCGCAAGUUUGACCAGAUAAGGGUGAAUAUACCAAAUGGUGACAUGGUUGGGCAUACUGGUGACAUCGAGGCUACAGUUGUGGCCUGCAAAGCUGCUGAUCAAGCUGUUAAGAUGAUUCUUGACGCAAUAGAGCAAGUGGGUGGAAUAUACGUGGUGACUGCCGAUCAUGGUAAUGCAGAAGACAUGGUGAAGAGAAAUAAGAAAGGCGAGCCGCUUGUUGACAAGGAUGGCAAAGUUCAGAUCCAAACCUCACACACUGUACAACCGGUGCCGGUUGCAAUUGGAGGUCCUGGAUUAGCAGCAGGUGUGAAAUUCCGCAAGGAUGUACCGAAUGGUGGGCUGGCUAAUGUAGCAGCAACGGUGAUGAAUCUGCAUGGGUUUGUGGCUCCUGAUGACUAUGAGACAACCCUUAUAGAAGUGGAUUAAGCAGUUUGAAUGGCUUAAUUUGAGUUUAUUAUUAUCAUCUCCUUGAAGAGGUUGAAAUCGAUUAGCAAACAUGACACAUUAUCUCAAUGUGUCGAUUUGAGCUUCUCAAAUUGGAAAUAAAUUGUAACGGAAUAAUAAUAUACCCUUUUGGCUUGAGCCUUGAAAUAUUGAGCUAUUUCGCCUAUUUAUUCAGAUCGUUUCACCA